AUGAAACAGAUACAGAGUGGAACAUCAUCUCUCUUCCCUCUGGAUUAUGAUCUGACGGCCUCACGGCGCCACAUCAAAGGACAUUAUUAUAAAAUGGUGGGACUGAAGCCUUCAGAUGUGCCUCCUCCUCUGGGGGUGAAGAUGGCCAGUGCAGGGGCCGCGGCCUGUAUAGCAGACCUGAUCACAUUUCCCCUGGACACAGCCAAAGUGCGGCUCCAGAUCCAGGGAGAGAAAACAGCAGUGCAGAACAUCAGGUACAGAGGUGUAUUCGGGACCAUCGCCACCAUGGUGCGCACAGAGGGGCCCCGCUCCCUGUACAACGGGCUGGUGGCAGGACUACAGAGGCAGCUCUGCUUUGCCUCUGUUAGGAUAGGCCUCUAUGACAAUGUGAAAGAUCUGUACACUGGAGGAAAGGAAAAUCCUGGAGUGCUGGUGCGCAUCUUGGCGGGCUGCACCACAGGAGCGAUGGCCGUGUCCUUUGCACAGCCCACAGAUGUGGUGAAGGUGCGCUUCCAGGCACAGGUUAAUUUGGACGGCGUGGCUCGACGUUACACUGGGACCAUGCAGGCCUACAGGCACAUCUUCAAGAACGAGGGACUGAAAGGACUUUGGAAAGGCACGCUUCCAAACAUCACCAGAAACGCACUGGUCAACUGCACAGAGCUGGUGACCUAUGAUCUGAUCAAAGAGGCCAUCCUCAGACACAAGCUCAUGUCGGAUAAUCUUCCGUGCCACUUCGUCUCAGCAUUUGGAGCAGGUUUUGUUACCACGGUCAUAGCCUCUCCAGUGGAUGUUGUCAAAACCAGAUACAUGAACUCACCGCCUGGACAGUACAAAAGUGCCAUUAACUGCUCCUGGGUCAUGAUGACCAAAGAGGGGCCUACUGCUUUCUACAAAGGGUUUGUUCCAUCGUUUCUCAGGCUCGGAUCGUGGAACGUUGUGAUGUUUGUGUCAUUUGAACAAAUCAAGCGACUCAUGAUGGUCUCCAAGAAGAAGAUGGAGAGUUCCAGCUAA